GGUCGUGUAAGGCAGAGUCAUGGAGAUGGGAUACGUGUGAGCAUCCGGCAAGGGGAACAGCAUCUUCACGAAGAUAUUUUUGGUCAGGAAGCCGAGAUAAUGUUGCUUUGUCCGAAGAGCAUGAAGGUGCGACACGUCCUCACCUUCGUCACAGGCCUGCUGGAGAGUCUGGGCUUUGCGGGGAUCAUGUUUGGUUGGCCGUCACUUGUCUUCAUUCUCAAGACGCAGGGUUUCUUUGCCUCCUUUUGCGUCAACACCACAGACGUUGGCGGCUCGCUGGUCCAAGACUGCACUGGACAGGAUGAACAGUUCGCUCUGGUCUUCACCAUUGCAUCCUUCCUGAAUAACUUCCUGACGCUCCUAAACGGGCUCAUCUUUGACCGCUUCGGCACCUUAGUGGCUCGGCUCUUCGGACUAUGUCUUCACACCUCUGGUAUCUUGAUGCUGGCCUUCUCAACGCCAGCCAUGUCCAUGCUGCUCUACCCGGCUCUCUCCUUCAUCGCUGUGGGUGGAAUGAUGCUGCUCAUCAGCAACACGCAGGUGGCCAAUCUUUUCGCCGCCCAUCGUUCCACCAUCAUCACCGUCUACAACGGCGCCUUCGACACGUCCUCGGGAGUCUUCAUCAUCAUCAAGUUCAUAUACGAGGCCGGCAUCCCUCUUCAGGCCAGCUUCCUGUUCCUGGCCGCCUGCAGCGUCGUGCACGUGCUGAGGACGGUUUUCCUGUUUCCAAGAACUUUUAUACCAUAUCCUCUUCCUGAGCACUACAAGUACGGGAUAUCUUGCGGCAAAAAAAGGUCAACAGAGUCGGAGCAGGUCACUUUCCAGACCAGCACAGAGGACGCGCUGCCUACCGAGGACAAACCUGGAGAUCCAGAGAAAACGUUCCGCGAGUGCGUCCUGUCCAGGUUGUUCUUGCUGCUCCUGCUUUGGUUGUCGGUGAUCCAGCUGAGACAUUACCUGUUCAUCGGGACCCUCAACCCCACGCUGGAGAGGCUGGCCGGUGGAGAUUCAUCGCUCGUGAGCCAGUACAUCAACGCCUACGCUUUCACUCAGAUGUGUCACGUGUUCUGCAGUCCCCUGAAUGGUCUCAUCCUGGACAGACACAAGCGCAGGCCAAGAGUGGCAGGAAUGAGUGAACAGGAAGCAGACCUGAAUUCCGCAGUCGCGUCUUUCUUCUUGACGUCGGUGAUGGCCAUGGUGUUCUCCAUUUGCGCCGCCAUCCCCGUUCUGAAGCUGCAGUACUUCACCUUCGUGAUGCAAGUGCUCAACUACGCCUUCCUGUACGGCGGCCUCACGUCCUUCAUCAGCGCGGUCUUCCCAACACGUCACUUCGGGAAGCUGUUUGGCCUCAUGAUGGCUCUUUCGGCCGUCUUCUCCUUACUGCAGUACGCCUGCUUCGCUGUGGUGGAAACGGUUCUCCAUGGAAAUUCUUUAUACGUGGACAUCGCCCUGACGAUACUCAUCUUGUCGUCCUUCAGCCACCCCGUGUCCGUCCUCGUGCAGUGUCGAAACCUCGCAGCCCGGCGAGCCAAAGCCGACUUGACAGUCGCCCAGGUUGCUUGAAGGAUUCUCCACCUCACUGCGAACAAACGACCACGUGUUAGAAAUAACGUGUAACCCAGAGUUCAAUUCCACUUAAAUGCACGGUCAAAAAUAAUGACAAGGUUGGGUUAUGUUAACUACAUUAGUCAUAUACUUUACUCAAAUACUGGGUCAAUUGUUUGAAGUACACAUGUUGGUUAUAAAUUCUACCAAUUCCACUAAAUAUUGACAAUGUUUGUUUUAACUACUGUACAUAUGUUGGUUAUGAAUUAUAAAAAAUAAUUGCAAUUCUGGGUUUCAACUACAUGUAUUAGUU